AUGUCCAAUCCAGUUAAAAAAGUUAGACAAGGAGAAAAGCUUCCCUUGAAAUCCAAAGGAAUCCAAAGCAAGGCAUCUCAUGACCUCAGGAGGCUUCAGUCCCUGCUGGCCAAGAGCGUUCCCAGACGAGAGGUGUCAGCGCCGAGUCCCAGUAAAGCGCGCGUCAGAUCUCAAGGCCUGCAUCCUCCAAAAGACACUAACAGACAGAGGAGUGAGAGCGACAUCGCCAGCGAGGACUCUGAGCUGGAAAAGUUCAGCGUCACAUACAGAGACCAGAGGUGUUUCAGCAGCCACCCGAUGCACAAACUCUUCUCUGCCAUUCUUGCCUCCUUGGUGAAGAACAGACUCUGCAGUGAAUGGAUCGAGCACGCGCCGCCCGAGUCCGCCCUCGGAGUUCUGAUCUGCUUACGAUUAUUGAUCAGAGAUCCCUGCCAUCAGAAAAUCCUCCAUCAGCUUCAGGGCGUUCCUUUACUUGCCAGGCACAUGGAGCACGUCACUGCCGUGUAUACAUCUAGCGGCGAACAGGCGCUUGCUGUGCAGAAGCUGGUCACCAUGACCUACAUGUUUCAGAAGCUGUCUGCCGUCGGGGGUCAAAGGGUCUGGGUGAUAGAGAGCGGUGCUCACGUGACCCUGGUGAAGCUCCUCUCCACAACAGAUAGCAGUGUGCUGCUGGGAGCCCUGCUGGCCCUCACCACUUUGGCUGAGAGCCCAGAAUGCAAGCAGGAGAUUGGCCAUCUUCCCAUAGUGGAGCACCUUCUUGUAAUACUGCAGGAAUACGACCUGCUGUCAAAGAGGAUGAGCGCGGAGCUGCUGAGGCUCCUGACCCCGGUGAGGCAGGUGAGGGCCCAGGUGAGGGAGCUGGAGGGUCUGCCGGUGCUGCUCAGCUUGCUGUACGGCCAGCACCUUAAGCUGCUGUGGAGCGUCGUCUGGGUCCUGGUCCAGCUCUGCGAGGAUCCCGACACCAGGACGGAGAUCCGAAGCUGGGGCGGGGUGCAGCAGCUUCUCCGGCUGCUCGACAGUGACAGGCAGUACGUCUGUGACCGCUCGUCCAUCGAGACGCUCUCCAGCGCCAACGCAGCCGGACGCGUCCACAGGGAGCACAUCAGGGAGGAGCUCAGCCCACAGGAGGAGGCGGACAACACCGUGGCCCUGCAGGCAGCCUGCUGCACGGUGCUAACUGAGCUCAGUCUGGAUGACACAUCUGCUCACCACAUUGUGCAGGAAAAUGGGGUUUACAUAGUCUCAAAGUUGAUUUUGACACACAACUCUGGACCAAAGGUCACAUCUUUACAGUGCUAUGCGUUUCGGACCCUCCGGUUUCUCUUUAGCGUGGAGAGAAACAGACAUCUGUUUAAAAGACUCUUUCCCACGGACCUCUUUGAGUUGUUUAUUGACGUUGGACAUUACGUGCGGGAGCUCGCGGCCUACGAGGGACUGCAAACCAACGUCUCACUCUACACCGAAGAGGAACUGGGCAGUCUGCGAGAGGGCAUCGAGGCUGCGGACCAGAACCGACCUCCCCUCAAAGUCAUCAACGGGUACUCCAUCCUGGACCAUCUGGGCACCGGCGCCUUUGGAAGCGUCUUUAAGGUCCGGAAGCAGAGCGGCCAGAACCUCCUGGCUCUGAAGGAGGUGAACCUCCAUAACCCGGCGUUUGGCAAAGACAAGAAGUCCAGAGACGGCAACGUGGAGAACAUCAUCUCGGAGCUCACGAUCGUCAAAGAACAGAUGACGCACCCAAACAUUGUUAAAUACUACAGGACCUUUUUGGAAGGAGACAAGCUGUACAUCGUGAUGGAGCUGAUCGAGGGCGUGUCGCUGGCCCAACACCUCAACUCUCUCAACGAGAAGCAGCAGAGGUUCACAGAAGACCGGCUUUGGAAUGUAUUCAUACAGAUGUGUCUGGCGUUGCGGUACCUGCACAAGGAGAAGAGAAUCGUCCACCGAGACCUCACGCCAAACAACAUCAUGCUGGGGGAAAAGGACAAAGUCACCAUCACCGACUUUGGCCUCGCGAAGCAGAAACAGGAGAACAGCAAGCUGACGUCGGUGGUCGGCACCAUCCUCUACUCCUGUCCAGAGGUGGUGAAGAACGAGCCGUACGGAGAGAAAGCUGACGUCUGGGCUCUGGGCUGCAUCCUCUACCAGAUGGCUGCUCUACAGCCUCCGUUCAACAGCAGUAACAUGCUGACGCUGGCCAGCAAGAUUGUCGAGGCCGUCUACGAUCCCAUUGAAGAAGGAGCUUUCUCAGAGAGAGUCAAAGACAUGAUCCGAUGGUGUUUGAGUCCAGAUGCGGACCAGCGGCCGGACAUCGUGGCCGUCGGCUCCAGGAUCUCCGACCUGGUGAUGAGGCUGAUGGACGGCCUCUACGCCUCUCAGGGUGCGCUGGAACGGAGAGCGGAGAGAGACAGGAAGCGAGCGCAGACGUACUUCCUGGAGAGGCACGGGAGCCGGACGGACCCGUCUCAGGACAAAUCCUUAACGAACACUGAAUCUCCAACUCCUCGCUCUCCCGCAACCGGCAGCUCGAACCAGAACAUCGGUCGAGAUGACGCCUCAGACGGGGAUGUCGACAUCGACGCCACCGGCUUCACGGGGAAACACCGCGAAUUAAAGUCCAGUGCCGACAAUACACCGGAACCAACUCAAUCCGGCGGUGCUGCAAAGAUUAAAUCGAGACCAGUGUCAGCAGGGAUCUGCGUCUCCCAGGACAAGGUUCGGCAGAUCCGUGAUCCCAUUCAGAGGCUCCUCGUGCAGCUGCACAAAAUUAUAUACAUCACUCAGCUUCCACCAGCUCCACAUCACAACAUUAAGCGACGGGUCAUUGAAAGAUUAAAGAAGUUUCUGUUCCAUGUUGGGAGCGAUCCAUACAACCUCAAAGUGGAGCUCAGCAAGCUCCUCCAGGCGUCUCCAGAGCUGAUGGAGUUCAGCACAACCAGUUCAGACUGGUGGCCUCUGGUCCACCACUUCACGGGAGACCCCCGCGCUGCCGACGGCUCAGGUGAUGACGGGAAUCUCAAAGAUGGAGUCACCUAUCAGCAGAUGCAGGGGAUCAUAGAGGAGCUGCUGGAGGAGAACAACUACCACGAGGCGACACACAGCAGGCGAGAUCAAUCGAUCUGAGAAAAGAAAGGACCAUGAAAGCAAGUGACCAUCGUCCUCAGAUGUCACGGAAGCAGCAUUCAUAAUUAUAAUAGUAUUUGUUUGUCCAAUUUAGCUCACUUAUUGUUGCGAUAGGGCUGCUUUACUAAAAACUGACAUCACUUUAUGCAAUUAAGGAUUAUCGUCACGAUUGUCUCAAUUAUUUUAGUAAUCGUUGGUCCAUAAAAACGCCAGAAAACGUUACGUCACAGUUUCCUAAAGCACAACGACAAACAAUCCAAAGAUUUUAAUUUGCGUAAUUCUUUUUUUUUUUGUAGAUCAAAUUCUCAGGACCAGGAUCCCUCGUGUUUCUAAUGGCUGCGAGCCAAAUGUCCUCAAGAGCUGAUAAGAAACCAAACGUUUACCUCGAUUUUAAAACACAGAACAAUGUCUGUCUGCUGCAUAUUAACUCUCUAGAUAACGUUAUCAUUUUCAAUAUGAAUAACGUCCAAAACAUACUUUUUAAUCACAGAAUGUAUGCAC